ACAUUUCAGGGGGGGAAAAAACUACAGCUUUAUAUAAAGUUUAAACGAAAAAACUCCAUAAAAUCUAUCUUCUCUUUAUGUAUUUGUUUCUCUUGGUUUUUGUGUUUCAUUUCCACUUUUUUCUUUAAAAACCCUUUUUCUCUCUCUAUCUUUCCCAUUCCUAAAGAGAAACUCUGUGAAAGAUAACAACUUGACAUAAGAAUCAACUUCAAGAUCCAGUUUUUCAGCUUUGGGUUUUUGUUUUUAAGUUCAGAACACUUUAUUUUGAGUCAAAAUGGGUAGCAGAUGGAGAAAAGCGAAGAUGGCUUUGGGCUUGAAUCUUUGUGCUUAUUUACCUAGAACUUCAGACGAUGAUGAUUAUCGUUCACUUCCUUCCAGUGAAAGGCCAUCUGAUGCUGCUCUGUUAUCUCUUUCAAACUCGGCUAAUAUGGCAGCUUCUAGGCCAGUGACUCCUUCACCUUCUGCUCAUGGUUUUAGGUUGCCUAGAAGUUUGUCUAGAAGUGCAAGCAAAUCAUCCAAGCAAACAUGUUCAAUAUGUUUGACCAAGAUGAAACAAGGAGCUGGCCAUGCUAUUUUCACGGCAGAGUGCUCUCAUUCAUUUCACUUCCAUUGCAUUGCUUCGAACGUGAAGCAUGGUAAUCAAAUUUGCCCGGUUUGUAGAGCAAAAUGGAAAGAAAUCCCUAUGCAGAGUCCUAGUUUAAAUUCUCCCCCUGGCAGGGCGGCAACCAAUCUUGCUGGUUGGCCACAAAAUGAUGCUUUGAUGACUGUAGUCCGCCGGUUACCUCCACCUCGUAGAGAUUUAAGUCGCCGACAUGUUGUACCAUUAUUUCAGGCUCCUGAACCAGGCGUUUUCAAUGAUGAUGAAAUGUUGGAUCACCUACGUGUGGUUGCUGAGAGUAUGAAUGCCUCGGAUAACUCUUCUCUUAGAACAAUAGAGAUCAAAACAUACCCCGAGGUUUCAGCGGUACAAAGGUCCAGUUCCUACGAAGAUUUCACCGUUCUUCUUCAUCUUAAAGCUGCUGCUUCAGCUACAAAUCAAAAUCCGAACAGAAAUCAUGCUAGCUGCUGGCCACAACUUUAUCAAAAUCCCCGUGCUCCUGUUGACCUAGUCACCGUGCUUGAUACCAGUGGUAGCAUGGCUGGCACCAAGCUUGCAUUGCUAAAACGGGCAAUGGGGUUUGUAAUUCAGAACCUUGGCUCCAAUGACAGACUUUCGGUCAUUGCCUUCUCUUCAACAGCUCGCCGCCUCUUCCCCCUUCGUCUAAUGUCUGACACAGGACGGCAGCAGGCACUCCAUGCUGUUAACUCUCUGGUCGCAAAUGGCGGUACCAACAUAGCUGAAGGCCUGAGAAAAGGUGCCAAGGUAAUGGAAGACCGGAGGGAAAAGAAUCCAGUUGCAAGCAUAAUACUUUUGUCGGAUGGGCAGGAUACUUAUACCGUAACUGGUGCUGGUGCAAACAAGUCUCAACCGAAUUACCAGCUGCUUCUCCCUCUGUCUAUUCAUGGGAGUGACAACACGGGAUUCCAUGUUCCAGUGCAUGCUUUUGGGUUUGGCGCCGAUCACGAUGCUUCAUCAAUGCAUUCGAUUUCAGAGAUCUCUGGAGGGACGUUUUCUUUUAUCGAAAAUGAAGCUGUAAUCCAGGACGCAUUUGCACAGUGCAUUGGUGGUCUUUUAAGCGUUGUAGUUCAAGAGCUGCAAGUGGGCGUGGAGUGCAUGAAUCCAAGUCUCUGCCUCGGUCCACUUAAAUCAGGCAGUUACCCGAGCCGUGUGACAGCUGAUGGAAAAACUGGAUUUAUUGAGGUUGGAGAUCUCUAUGCUGAUGAAGAGAGGGAUUUUUUGGUGUCCGUUAAAGUGCCAGCUGAGCCAUCUGAAUGUGAAACAUCGUUGCUAAAGGUGAAUUGUGUUUAUAGGGAUCCAUUAACUAAAGAAAUGACCACUUUGGAGAGUGAUGUUGUUAAGAUUCAAAGACCUGAAGUAGUUGGACUGGAAGUAGUUUCAAUCGAAGUAGACAGGCAACGCAACAGGUUCCGAGCAGCCGAGGCAAUGGCGGAGGCAAGAACUACAGCUGAACGGGGAGAUCUAGCAAGUGCUGUUUCAAUACUUGAAAACUGUAGAAGGUUGUUGUCCGAGACUGUUUCGGCCAAAGCUCAUGACCGACUUUGUGUUGCAUUGGAUGCUGAACUCAAGGAGAUGCAAGAAAGGAUGGCAAGCAGGCAUGUGUACGAGGCAUCCGGGAGAGCAUACAUCCUAUCGGGACUUAGCUCACACUCGUGGCAAAGAGCAACCGCAAGAGGCGAUUCCACUGACGGUUCAAGUCUGAUUCAAGCUUAUCAAACUCCAUCAAUGGUCGACAUGCUUACUCGAUCUCAGGCAAUGUUACUAGGUAGUCCAUCGACUCAAAGGCUCGUCCAACCGUCAUGUUCACUUGGACCGCAACCAAAUCCGAGAUAAUAAUUUUCCAAAGUUGUUUUUACCAAUAUUUUGCAAAAUUUUGUUUGUGGAGGUGAUUUCGUGGAAGGAUUAAGAAGUCUUACAUGUGUAAAUGAAUAAAAAACAUGGGGAAGAAGGCAAACAUAAACAUAUUUUGGGAGUAGAAAAGGAGAAUAGGUGAGGUUUACGCUAUUUUGUAUUUUGGUUUGUGGUGUUGGGGGUGGUACAUAGAGAGAAAUGGCCCUUUUUUUCUGUCUCGGAAAAUCUGGGAUUAUGUGUUUGUUUUGCUGGAAAAAUGAUUGUGAUGAGUUUUCACCUUAUAAUAAUUACAUGCAUCAGUUAUUUU